GUAUUUUUAAAGGCAUAUAUUGAAGUAGUUUUUUUAUUUAAUAUAUUGUAAAACGGCAAUGUUUUAUAUUAGAGUGAUCCAUACGGCGUCGUUUAAAGAAGGGCAAGCAUAUUCCGUUGAGAUGCGGUUCCCACUUGCUCAGUUUCAUGCUCUGAGAAAACCAGGUUUAAAGAAAAAAGAUGCCAAUGAAAUUGACAAUAAUGAAGAAGAGGAAAAUGAGUUUGUAGAUGAUCAGGAAAAGGAUGGAGGUGAAGUGGAAGAUGGAUUUGGUGAGGACGAUGAAGAUGAUCCUAAGGAUGAACUAGAGGCAAAUGGUGAUGGUGCCAGUGGAGAUGAUGAUGAUGAAGAAGAUGAAGAAGAUGAGGAUGACAACAACAACGAGGAUGCUAAGGAAGAGGAUGAAGAAGAAAAAGAAGACGAGGAUGAGCUUCCUUAGCCGCCAACUAAGAAGAAGAUGAGGAACCCAAUAGUCACUAGGUUCGAUUGAACACAGUAGGCACUACUGUGUUUGAUUGACCCAACAGCUACUAGGUUCGAGAGAACCCAAGCAUGCUAGGUUUGAGAAAACCCAAUAAGCGCUACUGGGUACA